AUGAACGGGCCGUACCAGACUGGAGACGUGUACAAAUGUUCGCUGAACGGGAGCGGCUGCACCAAACUCAACUUAGGAAGGAUAUCUCUGACCAACGUCUCAGAGCGCAAAGACAAGAUGAGGCUGGGCAUGACUCUGGCCUCCAACCCCAGAGACAACAGCUUUGUGGCCUGUGGUCCUCUCUGGUCCUAUGAAUGUGGCAGCUCUUACUACAGCACUGGUAUCUGCUCCAGAGUCAACGCCAGCUUCAAGUUCUCCAGGACCAUUGCACCGGCAUUUCAAAGAUGUGAGACCUACAUGGACAUCAUGAUCGUUUUGGACGGCUCUAACUCCAUCUACCCCUGGUUCGAGGUCCAGGCCUUUCUCAUCAACAUUCUGCAGAAGUUCUACGUGGGACCGGGUCAGAUUCAGGUUGGGGUGGUGCAGUACGGUGAGAAGGUGGUCCACGAGUUCCAGCUGAACGACUACAAAUCCGUGGAGGAAGUGGUGAAGCGAGCUCGAAGCAUCAACCAGAGAGGAGGAGAGGAAACCAACACCGCUCUGGGCAUCAACACGGCCCGUUUAGAAGGCUUCAAACACGGCAGCCGGCGCGGAGCCAAGAAGGUGAUGAUUGUGAUCACAGACGGAGAGUCCCACGACAGCCCGGACCUGCAGCAGGCCAUCGAGGAGAGCGAGAAGGAGGGCAUCACCCGCUACGCCAUCGCGGUGCUGGGCUACUACAACCGCAGAGGCAUCAACCCGGAGGCCUUCCUCAACGAGAUCCGCUACAUCGCCAGCGACCCAGACGACAAGCACUUCUUCAACGUGACCGACGAGUCCGCACUCAAAGACAUCGUGGACGCCCUGGGAGAGCGCAUCUUCAGCCUGGAAGGCACCAGUAAGAACGGCACAGCGUUUGGUCUACAGAUGUCCCAGGCUGGUUUCUCCGCACACACGGUGGAGGUGAGUCCAGGGAAGUCCACGGUGUCCAGACUGGACUUGCCUCAGGUCCAGCGAGUCCACGGUGUCAGACUGGUACUAGUCCCUCAGGUCCAGGGAGUCCACGGUGUCAGACUGGGACUUGUCCUCAGUCCAGGGAGUCCCCACGUGUAG